AUGGCACCAAAGAAGCGAGCUAGGGCGGGCGCCACGGCGGCCACGCCUCGCCGGUCGGCUCGCUCAAGACCUGCACCAGAAUCGGACGUACCAGUCGUGUUCCGAGAGAUGCUUGCAGAGGUAGCCGCUGAAGAGGCGGCCGCUGCCGAGGUAACAGACGAGCUGCCAUCGAGAAAGCGACGUAAGAUAGAUGUGGAUCCAGAAACUGGGUCUGAGGACGCGAUCAUUGCUCGGGGACCACUGAACCAUGCUAAACCCAGUCCUGAUCCUGUGGAUCGUCGGCAGGUCAUAUACGAUGAUUUCCGGAGCGACGAGGACGAUGACGAGGAUGAUGUUGAAUUUGAGGAUGUUGACCUGGAAGUUGCCGAUUCAGCUGAGAAGCCGGAGCAGAAGAUCUUGACCCUUGACUUUUCGGAAACGGUCACGACUCCCAUCCGUCGUUCGAGACGUCCAAUUGUGACUGCUGCUGAACGAAGAUUGCGGAUCGAGUGGCACAAAGCCCAUUUCUUCUUACUGUUGCUUUCGCUGUGGAGCCGCAAUCGAUGGACGGAGCACCCAGACGUACAAAAGCCCCUCAAGAAGUUAGUGCCCCGGAAGCUGAUCAGGCUGCUCCAUGAGGACGAAAGCAAAACAGCUCUGCAACGGGACUAUUCUUUCACGAAAGGCGUUGAAGAAAUCUGCCUUUUAUGGAGGACUUCUUGGACCAUCGUAGGCAAAGGCACACAACGCGCAGUAUGGCGUGAUGGAAUAGACCUGGAGAAAGAGAGCGAUCUGCACGAAGAAAUCGAUUUCGAUGACUUCAAAACUGCUGCACAAACUCUGCGUGGGUCAAGAGAUCUAGGGGCACAGCUCUUCUGUGCUCUGUUGCGCUCAGUCGCUGUUGAGUGUCGGCUUGUAAGCUCGCUACAAGUUCUGCCAUUUGCAGCUUCGGCCAAAGGGACCACGCCCGAGAAGUCUAAACAGGACUAUGCGUAUGCUGGCAGGCAGGACUUUGGUUCAUCCACGUCAGGCGGCUUCAAGAAGAAGCAAAAAGAGUCGUCUUAUCCUGUGUACUGGGUCGAAGUCCUCUCGCCAUUGUCACAGACAUGGACACCUCUAGAUCCGCUUGUACGACAUACCAUCAACAAGCCAAAGACUGGCUUCGAGCCACCGGCAUCAGAUGCACUCAACACCAUGAGUUACGUAAUUGCGUUUGAGGACGAUGGCUCCGCUCGAGACGUGACUCGACGGUAUGCUCAAUGGUUCAACGCUAAGACACGGAAGGUACGUCUAGAAAGUGUCAAGGGAGGGGAAGAAUGGAUGAAGCCAACGCUGCGGCUCUUCGAGAAGCCAUUCUCCGAAACGCGGGACGAUAUUGAAGAUGCUGACCUGCUGCGACGUUCUGAGAGCGAAGGCAUGCCGAAGAACAUACAAGACUUCAAAGGACAUCCUGUCUAUGUGCUAGAACGCCAUCUGCGCAUGAACGAAGUCAUUCAUCCAUUGCGUGAAGUCGGAAAGACUUCCGUCGGCAGUCAGAAGGAGUCGAAACUAGAAUCAGUAUACCGACGGCAGGAUGUCCACUUGUGCCGCACUUCAGACGCUUGGUAUCGUCGUGGCCGGGACAUCAAAAAAGGCGAGCAACCACUGAAACGUGUGCAACGAAAAUCAAGACGGACACCAGAGAUCGAUGACGACGGCGAGGCAGCUGACGCCGCUGCACUGUAUGCCGAAUAUCAGACAGAGAUUUAUGUGCCGCCUCCCGUCUCAAAUGGAAAGGUUCCACGCAACGGCUUCGGGAAUCUUGAUGUCUAUGUGCCUUCCAUGAUUCCGCCAGGCGCCAUCCACGUUCAGCACCCACUUGCUGCUCAGGCUGCAAAGCUUAUGGGAGUCGACUAUGUCGAUGCAGUGACAGGCUUCGAGUUCCAGGGAAGGCAAGGCACUGCAAUCGUCAACGGCGUCGUCGUCCCUCGCGAUGUUCGCUACGGUCUGGACGCUGUCAUUGUUGGGUUGCAAGACAAUGCUGUUGAGGAGGCCGAGCAGGAGCGACGAGUGCUUAUGCUUGGUCUCUGGUCAAGAUGGCUGACAGCCCUACGCAUCCGUGAGAGAGUGCAGCGCGAAUAUGGAGAUGCUGGAAGCGACGUUGCAGAUGACGACGAAGAAGACGAAACGUACAGUGGCGGGGAGGACGAUCGUAUGGCUGGCGGUUUUGUACCUGGCAGCGAAGAACCAACGGUUGACCCCGUAGCACCUCAAUCUACCAGCGUAAGAGGCAAGGACCUUCUGUCCAAGCUCUUAUUGAAAGGCCUGCCACCUCUUCCCGCGAGGCAAGCUAUUGUGGUCGUCAACUCGCCGCAUGAGCCACCUGAGGCCAGCAAAUCUAGCUUAGAGGCGUCGGUGCGCUUGCAGAGAGAUUUGAUGCCGAAUUCAGCAAGUCCGCAACUAGCAGGUGGCUUCGAGCCAGAAGACGAAGCUGGCGGCUUUCUGCCAGAGGACACCAAUCUCGAGCACGCCGCAGACACUGGUGCAGGUGGGUUCGAGCCGGACGAAGUUGCUGGCGGAUUCCUGCUAGAAGACCUUGACCCUGAGCAGACCGCGGAUCCUGGUGCAGGCGGCUUCUUGUCAACGGACUAUGGCGGCCAGCCACAGUUACCAGACCACCCUGUGGCACUAUCUGGUGCACGAAUCGGUUCCCAUGCUGCAGAAACUGAUACAGCACCGACCACUGACAAUGGCAGCGAAAUGCCUGCGGUCGAUGGCAAAAGUGAUGACCAUCCCGCGCUCGCAGCUGCUCAGAAGCGCUUCUCGGCUCGUCAGUCUGCAUUUCAGAGCGAUGAAAACGCAACAGGAAAGCCAAAGAACCAUCAAGCAGAAGCUGACAUCCCAGCUGCGAGCAAAGUCGUCAGUAUAACUCGAGAGGAUACUAGGUCCGAUCAAUCGGUUCUUUCCCAUGAUCCUGAGGAGGACGAUGCGGAACCAGACUGGCUUAAUGAUUCGCUGGGUGACUAA